GGCGGCCGCGGGCUGCGGGGCUGGCUCGGGCAGAUGGAAAUGCUGAUGACCGUCCGGAGACUCGCCUCCAUCUGUACCAUGGGCGCCAAUGCCUCUGCUUUGGAGAAAGAGAUUGGUCCGGAACAGUUUCCUGUGAAUGAACAUUAUUUUGGCUUGGUCAAUUUUGGCAAUACCUGCUACUGCAACUCAGUCCUACAGGCACUUUAUUUUUGUCGUCCGUUUCGGGAAAAAGUUUUGGCAUACAAGGUCCAGCCCCGGAAGAAGGAAAGCCUACUUACGUGCCUCUCCGAUCUCUUCAAUAGCAUUGCCACGCAAAAGAAGAAGGUGGGGGUCAUCCCUCCCAAGAAAUUUAUUUCUCGAUUGAGGAAAGAAAAUGAGUUGUUUGAUAAUUAUAUGCAGCAAGAUGCACAUGAAUUCCUAAACUACCUACUAAACACUAUUGCUGACUUGCUUCAAGAAGAGAAAAAGCAAGAGAAACAGAAUGGCAAACUCCAGAAUGGCAGCAUUGAGAGUGAAGAAGGGGACAAGACUGAUCUCACGUGGGUCCAUGAAAUCUUCCAAGGAACACUAACUAACGAAACCAGAUGUCUUAACUGUGAAGCUGUUAGUAGCAAAGAUGAGGACUUUCUGGACCUUUCGGUUGAUGUGGAACAAAAUACAUCAAUUACUCACUGCCUAAGGGGGUUCAGUAAUACUGAGACUCUAUGCAGUGAAUACAAAUACUACUGUGAGCAGUGUCGCAGUAAACAGGAAGCACAGAAAAGAAUGAGAGUGAAAAAGUUGCCCAUGAUUCUAGCUCUGCACUUAAAGAGGUUCAAAUACAUGGACCAGCUGCAUCGAUAUACCAAACUCUCCUACCGUGUAGUCUUUCCCUUAGAGCUUCGGCUUUUUAACACUUCAGGCGAUGCUACAAACCCAGACAGAAUGUACGACCUUGUGGCUGUAGUUGUUCACUGUGGCAGUGGUCCAAACCGUGGACAUUAUAUCACCAUUGUGAAGAGUCAUGGCUUUUGGUUGCUGUUUGAUGAUGACAUUGUGGAGACUGGACAAAACUCUUGAGUGUGCUGUGGGGAGCAGUCCUGCUAUGGAAGGGGGAACAAAAAAAAGAAGAUCGAUGCCCAGGCCAUUGAAGAAUUCUAUGGGUUAACAUCAGACAUUUCCAAAAACUCAGAAUCUGGAUAUAUCCUCUUCUACCAGUCAAGAGACUAAGAUGAAAAUGAUAAAUGUGUACAAAUAAAAAAGGGAUCAAGGUUAUGUCCAAAUAGGACAUCAUGGUGACAGCAGAAACAAUUCCUCAUCGUUGCUGUAGGAUCAUGAGAGAUCCAGCAGGGAGAAGAAAGGUUUACCUCGGCCAUUUCUUGGAGGAUUAGUGCUGACUGCCAUAACAAGCAGAGCUUUUGCUCCACUUUUCUUUCUAGGCUUUUUUUACGUGCUAUCUUCCAAAAUCUGUGUUACCUCGACUUGAAACCGGGCUGCUUAUUUUGUUUGAGAACUGAAGUAGCAUCGUAGAAUUCUUUUUUUCCAUUCAAUGUUGGCCUGAAGCCAUACUUUGGUUUCUAUCAUCAUCGUUUUUCUGUAUUUUAGCAGAAUGAUUUCAAUAUUCAGUGUCAGCUGAAGACAUGUUUUAGAAUAUGUGCUGCAGCUGAUUGCUGGAUAUUUUUGGUGACUCAGACAUGAGAAACAGUACAAUGCUAAGACAUAUGAGAAAUACUGAGUAUGUAAUUUUUAAACACUUAGACAAGAGAUCUCUGCAGCACUGUAAAUUCCUCAGUAUGUAUCAUUUUGGUUUUAGAUAACACUAAUAGCACCCUGUUUUAUAUAUUUUUAAUUCCUUCCUGCAGAAGAUGUAAAUGUUUUUUCCAUAUUCAGACUAAUCUUAUUGUACUUUUUACUUUUUUUAAAGUGGAAGUUUGUGAAUUAAAGCCACAUUGCUGCAGAUUAAACAGGAGAAAAACAAACAACAAACAAAAACCGGUCCAACUUUUAAAAGUUCAUGUCUGGCAGCCAGUUGUAGAAAGUUUAACAUUGCAGUAUUUCUUGGAGCUAUGACACAAGCCAAAAGUGCCCUCUUCUGAAACAGCUGUUCAGCAUUUCAUUCAGUGUAUAGUAAACUGAAGCAACUGGGAUGGGAUCUAUGCUAAUACACUGAAGCAGCACUAAUUUUGAAGGGUUAACCAAGGGAAGCAUUUAUUGACAUAACUAAUCCAGUUGUUCUUAGUCUUUUGAAAUAAUGGAUGUUUAAGGAAGGAAAAAAAAGAUAUACCCACAUUUCCUUGCCAAGUGUUCCCUCCUCAUCUGUUGGUAAUGUUAGUUGUGACAUGGGAAUCAUUGCCCCUGAAAAUGCUCUCUGGUUUGUUGUGUUUCUAUAGACCUUGCUUAACAGGGGGAAAGUACAUUAGUCUUAUGAAGACUGAAUGGAGGUAAUUAUCUGUUAUGUGUCUGUGUAUAUGUGUUAUAAUCUCAAGGAUAACUAGACAGAAAAGAUUAAAUGAAAUUUAUAAGAGAUCUCUGAAAACCUCAUGUGACUUCUUUUCUUUUCUGUUAACUGUGCCAAAGCUUGUCACAACUGGCUCUAAACCAUGAGUAGAAACUGAUAUUUUUCUUUCUUCGUCUUGUUAGGUAACAUAAAAGCUGUCUUCUACCUUGUUGGUCCUGGUACAGACAUCUGUAGUACGUACCUGUGAUUGUUAUUCAUUGAGGACAUUUAACUUAUGCAAUCUGUGGCUUGUACAGGAUUUAAAAUAUUUUACCAAAAUACUGUCCUCAUGAUGACAACACAUCAGAUGCACACCAUUAUUUUUGAUGGCUGUACUCCUUCUCUGUUCCCUUUUGCAACCAGAAACAUCUUGCUAGCCAUGAAUUCCUCUCUUCAAAGUGAAAAUUAGUAAACCAUGUUGUACUCCAACUGAGGACAAGUUCCAUUCUCUCCGCACACCUCCUCCCGAAGAUAAAGUAUAGACAUCUGACUGAUGAUUUUUAGUAUGAGAAGUUGUGUCACUUUCAGAAGCAUUAUCUGUGACAGCAGAACCUUCUUGUCUUUUGCCCUGCCUGUGUGAAGAUUGCUCUUGGUUGGGAAUCUUCUCCCCUUGUUGACACACAAACCCAGCGCCCCCUUGUGGCGGCACUAACAGAAGUCUGUCAUUAGUGAAUCAAGCAAAAAAAAAAAAGAGAGCGCACUGAGUUUAAAAAAAAAAAAAUCUCAACAGUAAAUACAAAAAAGUAACAUUAGACAUGUAUUUUGUAUAUCUGGCGAUACAUUUUUACAAAUAAAAUACCUGAUUGAGAGAGAAUAUUGAAAGAUAUAUACUAUAGAUUAAAAAGACCUGUUAAAAGUGCACUUUUGCUACAGAUUUAUAAGGAAACUAAAUGGGAUUAAAUUGGAAGAAAAUGGUGUGAUGUAAUUCUGUAUAAUAAAUGACCCCAGCUGUCUCCAAUAAAAGUAAUGUAUGGUCAAAUGCA